AUGGCCUCGAGGACACCACCGUUUCUGACAAACACGUAUCAGCUGGUUGAUGAUGAGAGCACAGACAGGAUCGUGUCCUGGAACCAAACUGGAGAUGCUAUCGUUGUUUGGGACACUGCUGAGUUCUCCAGGGAUGUGCUGCCUAAAUACUUCAAGCACAACAACUUUUCUAGUUUUGUGCGCCAACUUAAUACCUAUGGCUUUCGGAAGAUUGUGCAAGAAAAAUGGGAAUUCAAGAAUGAGAACUUCAAGAAAGGCGAGAAGGAGCUUCUACUCCAGAUCCAACGCCGGAGAAUUGAAAAUCGUUCUCUCGCUUUGACUGUCAACACCGGAAAUUCAGGCAGCCCUACCGCUGGCCAAACAACUCCAGCGAACUCCGAAGUGGACCUAGUCUCUGGCUCAACAUCCCACAUCUCACUUCCGAAAAACACCGUGAUCAUCGACUUGGCAAUGGUACACCAAUAUGAGGCGAUAUCUAAAGAGCACGAGAGGCUCAAAAUAUUGCAUGAGCAAGUGUGUUCUGAACUCGCUGAGUCAAGGAUCAAGUGUGAGGAGUUGACUGGGAUUCUGCUUCAGCAGAGGGAAGUGGGGUCAGAGAUGAAAAGUCAGAGCUGUGGGUCCACUGCUGGUGCUGUUUGUGUUGGGGACAAGGGCAAAAGUGUAAAUGUCGUGAAUGGUGGUGACCAAAAUGAUGACGAGGACCCAAAAAAUGUGAAGAUUUUUGGGGUGAUGAUGAAACAGGAAAAGAAGAGGGGUGGAGAUGAAAUUUUUGAUUCUUGUGGGGGCAGUUCCGGCAACAAAGAAAGGAAGAUGGGAGGAGAGAAAGUUGGGACAUCUUAA